CAUGUGUCUCUAAAAUUGACUGCAGGGCUAAUGGCGGCCAGCUCGCAAUUUAGUUAUCCUGUAGGCGCGGUGUUCGUCUUUAAUCUAGUAGUCGGAACCGGAAGUCUCUCUAUGCCAAAUGCGUUUGGAAGUGCUGGUUAUCUCCUCGGCAUAAUUGUGAUAUGCGUCAUCUAUUUCAUUAGCUACGUGUCGGUGACUUUUAUGACAGAAUCACUCGCGGUUGCAAAUGCUGUGGUUUCUAGAGCUAAAACGGUCCCUCGUAAUACUGGUGAUCAAUUAUUGCUGUUCAACGAGGCUGGUUCUGACACGGAUUAUUCAACUGUACGCGGGCGUCGCAGGUUAGAAAAUGAAGAUGUUCCGUUGUUACCAAAUGAGGACCCUGAUGAUUAUCAUUCGCCAUCAACUGGCAUCGAUAGUAUGUCCGUGUCGGGCUCCUAUCUGCGACGAGAAAACAUACUCGUUUCAGAUGAAGACAAAAUGAGUGAACUGUCCAGCCAAAUAGAAAGUGCUUUCGAAAUCAAACAAAAAUUUGAAAUGGGAGAGCUUUGUAAGCUAUUCGCCGGUAGUCAACUGUGGACAAUCUUCUUCUAUAUCUGCAUUUCUAUUUACCUCUACGGUGACUUGGCCAUUUAUGCUGCUGCAGUCCCCAAGUCUGUCAGAGAUGUCAUUUGUUCUAACCUGUCGGGUUACGACACUAUGAGUAACAGCGACCCAUGUUGGCCUGACUCGGCAAGCAUCACACGCAUAAACGUCUACCGAUGCAUCUUGGCUGUGUUCAUUUCUACAUUCGGUAUCUUCGCCUUUUUCGAAGUCUCGAAGACGAUGGUGCUCCAGAUAUGCACUGGACUUAUCCGGUGGACCUCGUUCCUAAUGAUGGUCAUUUUGGCUAUUAUGCAGAUCGCGAAGGGAGAAGGAGUUGCCCAGCCCCCAACUGCAGUCAAAUUCGACGGCUUGUUUGGGCUCUUUGGAGUACUCAUUUAUUCGUUCAUGUGUCACCACAGUGUACCGACUCUGAUCAUGCCUCUGAAAGAGAAAAGAUACGCGAAGGAAAUGCUUUUAGUAGACUACACUCUAGCGCUUUUCUUCUAUCUCAUCAACUCUGUUGUCGCUGUAUUCGCUUUCAAAGACCUAGAAGAUCUCUACAGUGAAAAUUUUGUGUCGAUCAACAUCCCAAACGGAUGCAAGUACUUCAUCGGUUUGUUUCCAGCCCUGGUGUUGUGUACAAGCUUCCCAAUAAUUGCAGUAGUCUUACGCAACAACCUCAAAGCACUCUUCCGACAGCUGCUAGGAAGACCAGCUUUUCCCUUCUUGAUUGACAGGAUAGUGUUUCCUUCAGCCUGUCUAGUGGUUCCGCUGAUAGUGGCCAUGAUCACUGAUGAUGUGACAUCAUUGAUGAAAGUGACAGGUGGUCUAUCGGGUGGGUUUAUUGAGUUUUUCUUCCCAGCUCUAAUUGUCUACUUCGCGAGGCAGAAAGUGCAGCAAUUACAGGAGGGAAAUAGCUCGUUUCAAGUGCCAAAAUACGUAAAAUCCUAUUUCCAAUCUGUAUGGUUUGUCUACAUGGUUUUCGCAUGGACAGCUAUAUGUCUUAUAAUGACCAUAGUAGGGUUUUUCUAUUAGAAAUGUUGUUUUAAUAUUAGCUCACAGUUAAUUAUUCAAUAGUUUUCUACCUCGUUCACACAUAUCGCAAAACUAUUUCCUGAUGACUGAUAUAUUCUGAAA